CCACCAAGCACAUGAAGCUUCCACGUAACUGUAAACUGAAAUAAGACCAAAAUGAAACUAGCAAGUCCCAUCGCCAAAACCCUAGUCAAAAGAAUGGCACCCACAUCUCUGCUCGGUCCUCCAGAGCUCCAUAAUCCAACUCUCCUACCAAAAACGCCCCUGUCCCAACCCACAGAUGGCGUCACUGAUCCCUUCAUGGAUCUCAUGGUGGCCGAUUUCAACAAAACCACCAUUGAUCCUACGCAAUCUCCACCGAUGGGCUACACCGAGAAUGCUUCCGCCACAUUUCUCUCAUCGGGCAAUCCUUGCCUUGAUUUCUUCUUCCAUGUCGUACCCGAUACUCAUCCUGAUUUCAUUAGGCAGAGGCUCCACGAUGCCUGGCAGUACAACCCUUUGACCACCCUCAAGCUUAUAUGCAACCUUAGGGGUGUUCGUGGCACCGGAAAAUCUGACAAAGAAGGCUAUUAUGCGGCCGCAAUUUGGCUCCAUCAAUUCCACCCCAAAACUCUGGCUUGUAACGUUUCAUCUUUAUCGGAUUUUGGCUACUUCAAGGACUUGCCUGAGAUUCUUUACCGUCUUCUGGAGGGAUAUGAUGUGAGGAAGAUCCAGAAAACAGAGUGGAAGAAGAGAAAAAUGGGAGGCAAAAGGAAAAGAACAAGUUUUAACCUUAGGCGUUCGACCUUUCGAGGUCCGUUUCAACGCCGUAUCAAAAGUCAACGUUCUAAGCAAUCAAGGCAACCCCAGCCCAGCGUGACCAGAGAGAUGAGGAUCGCGAAUGCUAUGCAGAGGAAUAAGAUUGAGAAAGAGAAAGCAAGCGUGGCCAGGAAAGAGAAGAAAGUAGCCAUGGCGAAAAAGGUUUUUGAGAGAUAUAGCCGAGACCCUGAUUUCCGAUUUCUAUAUGAGCGCGUCUCAGGUUUCUUCGCCGAGCGCCUGAAAACCGACAUGGAGCACCUCAAUUCUGGGCGGGUGAGAAAGGUGAGCCUUGCUGCUAAAUGGUGCCCAUCCAUCGACUCUUCCUUUGAUCGAUCAACUUUGCUAUGUGAGAGUAUUGCGAGGAAGGUAUUCCCUAGAGAAUCCUACCCUGAAUAUGAAGGAGUGGAAGAGGCACAUUACGCAUACAGGAUUCGUGAUCGGUUGAGGAAGGAGGUUCUGGUGCCACUUCGAAAGGCCUUGGAGUUACCAGAGGUGUAUAUUGGGCAUAAUAGAUGGGGUGAUAUUCCAUACAAUCGGGUUGCUUCUGUGGCUAUGAAAUUUUACAAGGACAAGUUUUUGAAACAUGAUGCUGAGCGUUUCUCCCAGUAUUUGGAGGAUGUCAAAUCAGGGAAGGCCAAGAUCGCAGCGGGCGCUUUGCUCCCUCAUGAGAUAAUUAUGGCUUUGAAUGAUGGUGAUGGUGGGCAAGUAGCAGAGUUGCAAUGGAAAAGAAUGGUGGAUGAUCUUCUCCAGAAAGGGAAGUUGAAAAACUGUAUGGCUAUUUGUGAUGUGUCUGGUAGCAUGGAUGGGACACCAAUGGAGGUAUCUGUAGCAUUGGGUUUGUUAGUUUCUGAACUGAGUGAGGAGCCGUGGAAGGGGAAGGUUAUUACUUUCAGUGAAAGUCCUACUCUUCAAAUAAUCCAAGGAGAUAGUCUUAUGGAGAAGACAGAGUUUGUGAGAAGGAUGGAAUGGGGCAUGAACACUGAUUUCCAAAAGGUGUUUGAUCUCAUCCUGCAAGUGGCUGUUGAUGGGAAAUUGAAGGAGGAUGAGAUGAUAAAGAGGGUAUUUGUGUUCAGUGAUAUGGAGUUUGAUCAAGCAUCAACAAAUCCUUGGGAAACAGACUAUAAAGCGAUAGAGAGGAAAUUCAAAGAGAAAGGGUAUGAAAAAGUGAUCCCAGAAGUUGUGUUUUGGAAUUUGAGAUACUCGAAGGCUACACCAGUACCUGCAAGAGAAAAAGGGGUGGCGCUGGUGAGUGGCUAUUCAAAGAAUUUGAUGAAGCUGUUCUUGGAUGGAGAUGGUAUUGUAGACCCUGUUUCCAUUAUGGAAGCUGCCAUCUCCGGGGAAGAAUAUCAAAAGCUUUCUGUACUGGAUUGAUCAUAUUCCCUUUCUUUUUCUCUUGAAUGAGAGCUAGUUAUAUAAGCAACAGUAUUGUAAAGGCUGGUUUGUUCUUUUUUUUCCCCAAAUGAAAUGGACUCUUUCUUCA